AUGGACUGGAUCAGCAAUACCUCCUGGUUAAAUCACUUUGCUCUACAUGAAGAAUAUUUCAAGAGGUAUUUAAACAGCACUGAGGAUUACUUAGCCUUCUUAUGCGGGCCCAGACGGAGCCAUCUGUUCUUGCCCAUGGCUCUGGUGUACACUGUGAUCUUCAUUGUUGGAGUGGUAGGAAACUUCUUAGUUUGCCUGGUAAUCCUCAAGCACCGGAACAUGAAGACCCCAACCAAUUACUAUCUCUUCAGCCUCGCCUUUUCAGACCUGCUUGUCCUGCUUUUUGGGAUGCCACUGGAAGUCUAUGAGAUGUGGAGCAACUACCCUUUCCUAUUUGGGCACAUCGGCUGCUAUUUCAAGACAGCGCUCUUUGAGACGGUGUGUUUUGCCUCCAUCCUCAGCGUGACCACAGUCAGUGUGGAGAGAUACAUUGCUAUCCUACAUCCUUUCCGUGCCAAGCUGGAGAGCACUCGCAAGCGUGCCCUGAGGACCAUCAUAGUGCUCUGGGUCCUCUCUGUCCUCUUUGCCCUUCCCAACACAUGCACCCAUGGCAUCAUGGUUCAGUAUUUCCCCAAUGGCACCCUGGUCCCUGGCUCUGCUACCUGCACUGUAGUCAUGCCCAUGUGGAUCUACAACUGUAUCAUCCAGAUUACUUCUUUUCUCUUCUAUGUGCUGCCUAUGGGGGUAAUAAGUGUGCUGUACUAUCUGAUGGGGCUAAGAUUGAAAGGAGACAAAUCUUUGGAACUGGAGGAAAUGGCUAUGAAUGUUCAGAGACCAUCCAGGAAUUCAGUCACCAAAAUGUUGUUUGUCCUCGUGAUGGUUUUUGCUGUCUGCUGGGCUCCAUUCCAUAUAGAUAGACUUUUCUUCAGCUUUGUUGUUGAAUGGACUGAGCCUCUGGCUAAUAUAUUCAAUUUAAUUCAUGUGGUAUCAGGUGUUUUCUUCUAUCUGAGCUCUGCCGUGAACCCCAUAAUUUACAAUCUAUUGUCCCAGCGCUUCAGGAUGGCUUUCUUCAGUGUGAUUUCUCCUUGCUGCAAGCACUGGGCCCCUAAAGAUCCCACUAGCAAGACUUCUGCUCAGCAGAGUGUCCUCAUGGUUGAGGACCACAAACUCAUGGACUCUGCUGAAGACACAAGUCUCCCUGGCAUGCACAGGACAUCUGUCAGCAGUUAUCAGCUCUCCACUGGUCUGUGAUGUUCCAUGUUGUGAUCCACAUAAGAGACAAGUUAAAGAAAAUUACUUGAAGAAACUAAAAGAGAAGAGACCUUCCUAGAAGAUUGAUUUCAGCAAGAAGAGCUCACACAGGUGUCUUGUUGAAUGAAUGAACAAGGAGACUGUAAUUAGUAGGUGACUGAGAAGCCCUUUAUUACCCUCAAGCUAUUAGGAAGGCUGGAAAUCUGAGUUUACUGGCUUGCAACAUAAGCCUGCAAAGAGCUGCUCUGGAAGAAUGAGAUGUACUCCCAAUGUUAUCAGCACAGGAGGGACACAAAGCUUAUCAAAGUCUUACCAAAUGGCUUUUUGUGCACCAGCCUAAAUAAACAUCAUUUUUUUCUUAGUUUGAAAUGGGGCAGAUGGCUGUGCAAACUUCGUCUACCCGUUCUAGCUUUAGGUAAGCCAGUCUCACUUCCCCCUCCUAUGACUUUCUCAAGGUGUGGCUGUUGCAAGCCUCUCUUGGCAACAUGAGCAAAUAGGUAUGAACAAGAGCAGCUCUGAGCCGGGCUGCUAAAUGUCAGAUACCAGCACGAGCAAUAGCUAUUUCUGGGUCAGGAGAACCAGGAAGCCAAUAAUUGUAAAAUAAAUGUAAAGCACACACAUAUGCUUUCUGAGCUAGGUGAAGAUUUGAGUGGAGUGUGGUGUUUAAUUCCUUGAAUCACUUUGUUAAAGAAAUCUGACCUUUAAUGGGUUAUUUUUAACAACUCAAAGUCACUGCCAUAUCUUCUCAUCCUAUGUCUGACAAUAUCUACAUAAUGCAGAAAUGACACAUGCAUGCCAUAAAUCCAUCUAUGUUACCUGGGAUAUAGCUCUGAAUUAAUUUUUUUGGUGUUGUCCUAGAGGGUGUUUUUAUCACAUUUAAUUUGGCAUCAGUGAAAAGAAGUGACAAUUAUAACCAAAAAAGCUAAUGAGAUUUUUGGCCAAAAAGCAAAAGCAAAUAUGAAAACUUUUAGCCUUGCAUUAAGUCAAACUUUCUGUGAAAGUGUUAUUGGAGGAGGCGUGUCAAAAUUAUUCUGAAUUCUGAUGAAAAAGAAAAUAGAUACAGUGAAAAAAAAAUGUGGUCUGGCUUGGGGUUGGGUGCUCCAAAUUAAGUUCCCUGUGACUUCUCUGUGCACAGCUCAGUACUCCCUCGUUCCUGAAGGGGAUCUCUGGAGAGCAGUCUAUGUAUUUUGUCCCAGAAAAGUAGUCUAUGUCCACUACAGACUUUUCAGAAGGUCAGUACUUGAGUUAUCACUCUGCUCUGAGAUUUACCUGGUUG